GAAAACUUGUAAACCUCAAAGAUCCCCCACCCUCCAUCUUCACAAAGACACAGCUCUGAAACCCCCAAAAAUAUUCUGAAAUCGCCAUUUUUAUUACAUAUAAAACACCAGAACAAGCUCUUCUUUGUGCAAGAACCUCAAAAGAAUAAAAAACCCCAUGGAAAAUAACCCCACAAACAAGGGUAACACCAACAAGAAGCUGAAGCACCAAGCGAACCAAGAUUCACAGGGAGCAAAUGGAGACAACCCUGAAAUUUGGGCAACAUUCGAUCAGAGUUUCAAACAGGUCCAGUCGGUUUUGGACAGGAACCGUGCGUUGAUCCAACAGGUCAACGACAAUCAUCAGUCGAGGAUCCACGACAACAUGGUCAAAAACGUUGCACUCAUCCAAGAACUCAAUGGGAACAUCUCCAAGGUUGUCUUGCUUUACUCCGAUUUCUCUUCGAAUUUCUCCACUGUGUUUAAUAGGCAUGAUGAUGGUGAGGGACCCAAGAACGGUGAUUGAUUUCAUGAGAAGAGGGAUGAAUUUUGAUUGAGCAAAAAGAGAAUCUUUAAUUUUUAUUAUUUUUUAGAUUUUUACCAUGUUUUUGUUGCUUGUGUUUUGAGUUGAUGAUCUAAUGGAGUACUUGUUGUCAUGUUUGAAACAUGUUUGAGAUAAUGUUGGAUUUUGUGGUUUUCUAUUGGCAUGAAGGAUUCACUAUUUUAGGAUAUUGGAAAAGAUAGA